AUGUCAACUAGUCAGUUUACCAAGUCCACCAGAACCUGUCAAGACCACAAAGCUGCCGACCGAACCGUGGCAGGAUGUUGCAGCCGACCUGUUAGGGGAAUGCCAACAGGGGAACACUUGUUAGUGGUUGUAGACUAUUAUACUCGUUUCUAUGAAGUUGUGAUUAUGAACUCUGUUACAGCUAACAGUAUUAUCAAAGCACUGGAACCUAUCUUCGCCAGAUAUGGUUAUCCACUGUCGAUCAGAACUGAUAAUGGGCCUCGGUUAGUGGCAGAAACGUUUGAAACCUACUUAAAGCAGAAUGGUAUAGAGCACAGGGGUUCGACACCUUACUGGCCUCAAGCAAACGGGGAAGUGGAAAGACAAAACAGAAGCCUGCUGAAAGCUAUGAAGACUGCCAAGUCUCAAGGAAAGGACUGGAGACAAGAAAUCAUUUACGUUGUGGUCAAGUCUCAGGAUGGAAUUGAAUACAAGCGCAACACAUCACACAUGAAGCUCCUAAAGGAAGAGACAAAGGAGGUAGAGUCGGAGCUGGAAGUACCAGAACUGGCCAUAGAGAAAGCAACGCACACUGCAACUCCAGAGAAUGAAGGAACUACAGUACAACAGAGGCCGAAAAGAGACCGGCGACCACCAGCAUAUCUCAAGGACUAUGCGCUAGGACAGUGA